CGAUAAUAUUUUGAUAUUUUGGGUUGUCCGGUUAGAAAGUACUAUAAUAUAAUAGUAGAAUGUUUUGAAGAGGAUCGAUUUUUCAGUCAGAUCGAAGCAGCCGUAGAAAGAAAAGUCGAUAUUCGAGCGCCCGUCGCUGGCCCCACUGCACCUGUCAAAAUUCUUUCCUGUCUGGACAAAUUGUAGAAAUGAGUACAUUAAUCUCCAAGGCUGAGAAGGAAAAGCAAAAGCUGAUCCAGGACAAGUGUCAGUCGAUUUUAAACGACCUACUCAAAGAUGAGGACAAUAAAUAUUGCGAGGACUGCGAUGCGAAAGGUCCCCGCUGGGCAUCCUGGAAUCUGGGGAUUUUCCUCUGUAUACGAUGUGCCGGGAUACACCGCAAUUUGGGAGUGCAUAUCAGUAAAGUGAGAUCUGUGAACCUAGACACUUGGACACCAGAACAAGUUGUGAGUCUGCAGCAAAUGGGCAACAGCCGGGCGAGGGCCGUUUACGAAGCCAACCUGCCCGACAACUUCAGAAGGCCCCAGCACGACUCGUCGCUGGAGUCGUUUAUCAGGGCAAAGUACGAGCAGAAAAAGUACAUCGCGAAGGAAUGGGUGCCGCCGCCGCUGCCCAAAGUCAACUGGGACAAAGAGAUAGAGGAGAGUCGCAAAAAGAGGGACAAGAGGAGUGUGACUUCUGCGCCAAAGGUCGCGGCCCUGCCCACCCUGGAUGUGUCCAGGAGCCCCAAGCCCAUCCGUGCCCCUACCGAACAAAAAUCUGAUCUGCCAGCCGCGGCGUCAGUUUCUGUCCCGAACACAACCGCAAAGACCUCAGCAUCAGUAGAUCUCCUUGGCCUUGACGCGCCAUCGUCAGAGGGCAACGACAUCUUCUCCAGCUUCCUGAGCGCGCCUCCAAUCUCGAGCGUCGCGUCCUCAGUCGCCGAGGGUCCUGCGGAUGUUGGCAAGAGGACAGAGGAGGAGGACAGCUUCUUCAACCAAUCCACAGUUGACAAGAAGCCGCUGACCAAAGAUUCCAUUAUGGCCUUGUACGCUCAGAGCGCCCCGGCUGUGCAACAACCUCAGUUUCCUGGAAUGAUGCCAGGAUUCCAGAUGCCUCCUCAGCAGCCGCAGUUCGGUCCUAUGAUGGGUCAGAUGAAUCCUAGAUUCGGCAACAACCCCUUCUUCAACCCCGCGAUGGCCCCCGCGGGAUUCCAGCAACAGCAGGUUCGGCCGCAGCAAUCCAAUCAACAAGACCUUUUUGAUUUUUCAUCGCAGCAGCCGCCGCUGUCGCAGCAGAUGGGCCAGCUGAACCUAGGCAAUCCUCAGCAGCAGCCGCAGCCGGCGAUUAACAUGGGCCCCUUCGGAUCGGCGGCAGGUGGUGCGACUUUGUCCACAAACUUGUGGCAGUGACUUUGUUACGAUUCGUAUUUACAUUCCGAAAUACACAUUAUAAUUGUUUUAAGCUUUCAUGUCAA